AUGACUUCCUCUUCUUUUCUAGAGGAACUUGGCCCCGUAGCGGUUUCCCAUCGGAAUGAGUUGGAGGAGGUGAAGCGUCAGUUGGGUAUUGAAAGGAAUGAAUUGGACUGUUGGAUUUAUGCUUUUCUGGAGAACAAAAAGUUUGAUAUCAAAGAAACUGUGGCAAAAUUGCAGCGGCGCUUUGCAAUGGAAGUGAGUGAAAUGGCCAAAUAUGAAGUAACGGAAAGCAUGCGCUCGUCUCUUCGUUCCGGCAUUAUUCAAGCAAUUGGGGAGGAUAAAUGUGGUCGUACCGUAUUUUACGUCACAGUCAGUAGAGAUACAAGUUCAGAAGGUACUCGUGAAGAGAAGAAACGGACAUUUGACUUGAUAGUGAGUUAUGGAACACGGUUACGAGCGGAUAACAAACGGUGCCAAAUGGUACUGCUCGUGAAUUAUGAGAACGCAAGUAUGUUAAGUAACGUGGACAUGUCGCUUCAGAUGGAUGUUGCGACGCGCGUGUCCAAAUUUUUUCCAGGAUGCAUCAGUAAAGUCCUGCUGUGCAAUAUGGGCUCAAUUUUGUGUACGUUUAUGAAGCCGGUGUUGGGAACCAUGCCGGCUUCUUUUUCCGAUACCAUUUCGUUAUUUUCUUCAAAUGAUGUGACUAAUGGUUCGUUACUUGAAUAUAUCGACAAGAGCGUCCUUCCCGUACAACUUGGCGGGACAAACGACUGUGAUGAUCAGGUGCAUUGGGACCGUUACGCGGAUAUUAUUGAGAAUUAUUACCGUGAUAUGAGGAUCGCUAUUGUGGAGCGAGGGCUAAAGGUGAAGGAUUGGGAGUUGGAGUGCCUUUCUGCUAAUGAAUAA